GUGUUUCUGAGACCAAUCUCAGAGAUUGUUGUUGUUCUUUCUGAAGCAUCCUAGAGACAAAAGAUAACACAAAGGACAUUAUUUGUUUCUUGAUAUGUUUUAUUUCAUAAUGGCACAAUUUCAUUAUACCAGGCGGGGAGUGUGCUGCCAUCCUGUUAGAAUGUAACAGAUUAUUUUAUUACAAUGGUUAAAAUGUAUUUUCAUUGUGUUCCAUGGUGUUAUUCACCCCCUAGUGGAGCUUUCUGGUACUUAGAAAGACUACGCAAACAGGAAGUAGAGAAUUUGUUCUGCACACAGAAGCAACUAAGAACAACACUACGGUGCCGGUCUUUCGGUGUAGUUAUUUCUUGUCACGCUUCAGCCUUGGAAAAUAUUUGUUUGAUGGAAUCCACAGCAUGGAAUACCACCACCUACUUCUCUACCGACUCAUCCACUCCCAACCCCUCCAUUUCUUAUUCUGUCGGAAUCUCCUUUCUCCUGGUUGCUAUGGCCUUGGGUCUCCCCGGAAACCUCCUAGUGGUUUGGACCAUACUAUUCCGCCUGAGUCGUCGUUCCAUCACGUCCCUCUUCAUCCUCCAGCUAGCGGCCGCUGACGCACUCGUGCUGCUCUCCGCACCCUUGUUUAUUCACCAGCUCUUCAAGGCCAGAGUCUGGGAGUUUGGAGAGAUAAUGUGUAAGCUCCUGCAUUACGUCUGUGGCAUCAACAUGUACCUCAGCAUCCUAUUGAUCACCUUGAUGGGGGUCGACCGACUCCAUGGCGUGCUACGCCCUUUCUGGUCCCAGCGAGUCCGGACGAAGUCGAAGCUCUUUCCUAUCAUGUGUGUGGUGUGGGCGCUGGCUACGGUGCUUCCCACUCCUCAGCUUGUGUACCGCCAGGUCCGAAAGGGGGAGUGUACCACGCAUCACCCCGGGCCCGCCCACCAGGUGUUCCACUAUUCCCUAGAAACAGUUACUGCGUUCCUGGUCCCCUUCAGCAUCAUGACGUUCUGCUACUUACGCAUCGCUCAUGCCUUAGCAUCCAGCCGUGCCCACUGGCACCACCGCUCCUACAGGAAGACCAACCGCCUCAUCACACUGAUAGUCGUGACUUUCGCCCUCUUGUGGGCUCCGUACCACCUGGUCAACAUCCUGCAAGUGGGGGCCGUUCUCUCCGGGUCUUCCACGGAUUUGCUGGGGUUCUGUCUGAGAGCUAGGACAGUGGUCAUAGCUGUAGCUUACCUCAGCAGUGCUGUCAACCCUCUGCUCUAUACCAUGGCUGGCUCCUGCUCUGGCUCCUCCCUCACAAUCUAUGGCUCCUCCUCCAGGUGUUUGGGGGGCGUGGCACAGCUGCUUGAGGGGACAGCCACCAACAUGGACAUGCCCAGCGUGAGAGCAAAGCAUGAUGGUAGCGGUAGAGAGAAAGAGGAGGAGGACUGGGGAGGUGGGAAACCAGAGGGAGAGGUUGAAGAGAUGACAAUGGUUCCAGGGAAAAGAGAGGUGGAGAAGGAGGACGAGGAGGCAGAACAAGAAAAAGAGAUGACAAUAGUUCCAGGAAAAAAGGAGGAAGAGGAGUGAAACUAAUUCCCUGAAGGCAAAGAAAUGACUGGACUGAUUGAAAGUCCUGCAUGCUAUUGCUUGCCAGUCGGUCAUGACUCUUCUGAUAGCUGUCUUGUUGUGAAUGUCGAUCUCACCUCUAAAAGUUUCCUAAUCAAUCAACGGCAGCCAUAUCUUCUCUGAGAAAAGUGUUUUUAAUUUUCUUGCACUGGCACAAACACAACAUGUCUUAAUGCUUUUGAUCAAAUAAAUGUGGUAAACAAGUA